UUCCUGCUGGAAAACAUGUCUGACAGCAUACAAACAAAAAGGAGAAGAAAAGAUCCACAAACUAUUCUCUGUGACAUGUGUAUAGAGGACAGGAAACCAGCAAAGAAGACGUGCAUGAAGUGUGAGAUCUCCAUGUGUGUCCAGCACCUCCAGGCCCACCUGACCACACCUGUGUUACUGCAGACUCAUCCUCUGACUGAACCCAUGGAUUUAUGUGGGAACACCAAAUGUUCUCAGGUGUACCCUGCCUCUUGCCCUAAGACAGCUAGUAAAGGCCUCAGCACCCCCAACGACCCUGAAAAGGACAACCCUCUGGGUCCUGGCAUGUCGCUGUCCACUGACAACAGGAAGGUUUUCCACAGUCAGUGGAUGAAAUUUUGUUCUUCCAACUUGUUCCUCAUUAAGGGUACAGUUCUUGUUUCUGACUUUAAGGGAUGGGUCAUCGGUAUUUCCAAAGACUGUGACUGGACCAUCGGUUUAUGUGAUGACACUUAUGCAGCCAGUAUGACGGGUGGAUAUAUCUAUGGCCUACGCUGCCAAGGUAACCAGCUCUUCUCUCUCACAACAGAGUAUAGUUUGGUUAUGAUUCAAAGUGAACAUUCAUUCUUUGGGAUGCAGAAAAUUGAAACGCCCCAACAGCAUUAUAAGGUUUCCCAACAAGUGAUCAACACUCCAGGUGGAAAUGUGGAACCACAGAUGACCAGACCACAAAUAGUGGAAGUUGUGUGGAGCUUUCCAGACUCAUUAUCAUUCUUCAGCAGGAUCGGGCAGCACCAGAGAAUAAACUUACUCACAGUAACAAUCAGCUCUACCAGCUCAGACCUCAAGCCUUUUGUUUGUCUCCAGGGUUUAGAAAAGGAAGCGACAAAUGAGUUCUCCUUUAGUUCAAGUUUAACGACAUCUCAAUUUGGAGGAUUUCCACAACAAUAUCAGAAUCAGUCGAAAUGCUCAUGUAGGAAGAUUAAGGUUAAGUCUGGUCAUGGAUUCAAUUAUGGAGCAGCAUUAGGCUCCAACUCUUCCCAGUCAAUCUGCUCUUGUGGAAAGAUUAUUGGUUCCCCACCAAUGACAGCGGUACUUUGUGAACUUCUGUAAAUAACACCCAUGCUGUUGUCCAAAACCCACAUUCUGGAUCAUCGUUCUGGCUACUCCCACCAGUCUGUUUGUUCCUGUGGAAAAGCUCUUAGGGAUGACAGAGAUGGUUUGUAAACUUUGCUAACUGUAGAUCUAUUCAUUAUUUUAUUUUUCCUUUCAGCAGCUGAAUGUAAGUGUAACUGACUGAUAAAUUCAGUAUGAUGCUUUUUUGUGAUGAAAUUGUUACAUUUUAACUUUGACCGAACAAAAUUCAAAUGAAAUAUGAAAUGUAUAUUUUCUUGCAUG